CAUAGUUUCUCCAGUGCUUAGUUAGUACAAACUUGUAAAGUACGUUUGUUAAUAACAUGUUGAUAGCAAUUUCAAAUUCGUUACAAAUUGAGCGCAGUAUUUCAAGACGUGAUACAUACAAUUAUUAAACACACCUUAAAUGACGACACGCUAGGAACUCUCGAGGUUUAUUAGCCUAUCAAAUGUAAUUUUGAACUCUAACGCCUCGGAUUAAUAUUCCUAAAAAAUCAGGCAUCCAACUCGAAGACUUCCAUGUCCGACGUACCGGAGGAAAGAUCUAUUUCAUUAUAAACACAAUUGUCUGCUAAAUAUCUUCAUUAUUUUAUUGAAAAAUUAGAGCUUACUACACAAGCUGAACAGUGUUAAGUUUUAUCGGAAUCGUAUUUGAUAUCCUAUAUAAUUAAAAUAAUGGCUGUAUCUUCGGAAGAUGUAAUGAGUCAAAGUCUCGAUGAUCCUGUGACCAAAGCGGUAGUAGAUAAUAUAAUGGGUAAUUUACCUACAAAGAAACCUUUUGUUCGUUGCAACGAUUGUGAUCUCUCAUUUACAAGUCAAACAGUAUUAGAUACACAUUUACAAGGUGCUCGUCAUGCAAAACAGAUUAGAUCCAAAAACAUAAUGGCAUCACUUGAAGAAACAAAAAUAGCAUUUACAAAAGAUGAAGAAACAAAUGGACUGAAAUGCAAUGUGUGUAAUGUGUGUCUAAAUUCUAUACAACAGCUUCAGACACAUUUAAAUGGAACCCGGCAUAAAAAGAAAGCCAUGAGAGGUGGGUGGGGUGGCAAAGAAGUUGGCAGUUCAAUGACGUCAACUCCCAUGAAUGUCCAGGAGAACUCUACAUCUAAGGGUGUAUCGCUUUCAUGCAACAUGUGCAACAAGAUCUUCAAUUCCCCAGCACAAUAUAAUGUGAAAGUACCAAUGCCCCGGGUAAUUGGCUGCCCCUAAACCGGCCCUGGAGAGAGCAGGAUGGAAAGAGAGAGCCGUACAACAAAGAUGGCGGUCGAGAGGCGUCGGUGGUGGAGGCACGAGGUAGGAGGUAGAGGACGAAGAAGCGACAGAGUAGGAAGAGAAGCGCAGAAAAGAGGACGGGACGACGGGGUGCUGAGUAGUGAUGGGAACAAUACCGAAUCAAUACUAUCGAUACCAUAACGACAUUGGUCAGUCCUUGUGUUUAAAACAAAUAAUGUGUUUACAAGCUGAAUCAAGCUUCUGCUAUAAAUAUUAAUUUUGUGCCUUUAUAUUCGAUCAUUUAUAACCUCUAGGUUAAAUCCAAAUACUUACUCGCCAUUUUGUUACGUUAAAGUACCAAUUUUCUCGAUUUUAUCUCCACUACAAUGAAUUUAUAUGAAACUUGCAUAAUCUAAGUAUUAACCUGAUAACACACCUUAUGAACAUGUAUAAAAUUUUACUCAUUAUUCUUCUUCUAACAGAUUACAAGUGUACUUGAUAAUUAUAAUAAUUGUAGAAGAAAAACAAUAAGAAAAAUUUUGUGGUUACUAAAAUUCGUAUAGAUGCAUUGUAAUGGCUACCAAGUUGAUACUUAGGUUAUGUGAAUAGAGACAUUGAAUAGAAGGUUGGAACUUUAAUCUUUAAUGCAUCAAAAUGACGAGUAAGUAAAUCUGUUUAAAUUAAAGUUAUAAGUGAAUAUAGAGGCACAAAAUUAAUUUCUACACCGAAUAAAUAUUUGAAUAUUUUAUAUUUCUAUUAAAUCUAAAUUUAUCUUGUUCUCAGAUUUUUAAAUUCACUUUGUGUUGUGGAUUAAUUCAAUCUAAAUAAAAUGCUUGGUCAACUAAUGAACAAGUCGAUUUCCGAAUCCAUUUUCUUACAAGAAUGAAAUACCGGUAUUACCUAAAUAUUUGGCCAAUUUGCUUUACUCUAUUUACGUUUCAACAUGAUACAGAACUUAUGAAAAAAUAAUAAAAUUAUUUACAUAUGUAUAUGUAGCUACCUCCACCUUUAGUGAACAAUGAUAAUUACUAUAAUUAUAAUAAAUAACUUCUUUGUUUUUAUUAAGUUGAAUUAUUAAUAUUUGUGGUGAAAAUUGCAAUGCAAGCAAUUGUUUAUCUUUAUUGAACGUUAAACGUUUUAAUCUACUGUUUGGAUCCUCCUCGUUAACCUUUUUAAUUAUUUAAAUCAACGACUGGUUCACGAAUUGUUAUCGAAGAGGGUCCAAAGUAAAAUUCAAAACGUUUAACGUUUAAUAAAGUUAAUCGACUGCUUCUAGAGCUUAUAAUUUUAUUCGUUCGUAUUAAAGUAUUGUUGUUGCUACUACGUUUAGCUACGUUUGCUACUACGAUUUUAUUCUGGGUUUCGAUUUUCUUAUUCAAUUUCACUUUAUAUUGCUAUUUUUACAAUCUUUGAAUUUUUCAAAGUUUACGUAGUCUUAUGUAGUUUACGUUGAUCU